UUUUAUUAGCCGACUAUACAUUUUCGAUAUAAACUAAUCCACAAUUGUAGUAAUCUGAUAAAGUAUCAAUACGUGUUUUAUGGCUUUACAUUUUGUAUAAAAACUGGGCGUUGUCACACUGGAAAUUAUAGUUUUCUUUGCUCUUUGACAAAGCAAGUAAAUACCUCAACCCAUUACAAUGAAAUCCUUCGUUGCCCUGUUCGCCCUGCUGGCCGUGGCUGCCGCCAACCCCCUGCCUCUUGUGCAGAUCAUCGUGAACGUCGAUGCUCCCUCUGACGUCGCCGUCGGCCCCGCCGUCGAGGCCAUCAAGCCUACCCCCGUGCACGUCGUCGAUGAGGCCGUCAAUGAGUACCCUGCCAUCCCUGAGCCCGUUGUUAUGCCCGAGCCCGUCCUCCCCGAGGUCGUCAUGCCCGAGCCCGUGGUCUUGCCCCAGCCUGUCCUCCCCGAGGUCGUGAUCCCUGAGCCCGUUGUCAUGCCUGAGCCCGUCCUCCCCGAGGUCGUGAUCCCUGAGCCCGUUGUCUUGCCCUCGCCUGCCGUCCCUGAGGUCGUCAUCCCUGAGCCCGUUGUCAUGCCCGAGCCCGCCCUCCCCGAACUCGAGAUCGACCCCGUUGUCGCCCUCCCCGAGGAACUCAACUAAGCUAACAACAACCUAAGCCAUCCGUCUGCUCAACACCGAACAAGAACCAAAACGAAGUGACUUUUUGAGGACUUUUUGAUGAACAUUUUCAGUCUACGAAGUUUCCUAAAGGAAUUGGAUUGAAAUGUGUGACACCAACUGCAGAUGUGAACCGUAUUUUAUAAGAGCAAUAAACCUAUUUUUCUAA